GUCUCUCACAGAUUGGCAGAGGAGGGCCUGUCCGCCAGCUAUGAGGUGGACAAGGUGGUGGUGUGUCACGUUGGUGGUCUGCUUCAGGAAACGGGUCAUGAAGGCGGUGGCUAUGCCAACACUGACGUGCUUUGGAAGGUAACCGGUGUGCAGAUCAACAAUGACAAGAGUUUCGUUUUUGGUCCCAAACGUGUGCAGGGAGCUGGCAAAGCUGGACUCCGCUUGAACGAGAACGUGGCGACCGCUGGGUACAAACAGUCAGACAGGUGCGACGACUCCCUGUUGGCUGGCACGCGCACACUUCCUGUAGCCAGGGACUAUAUGCGUCACCUUCGUGCAGAGAUGGUUCGCUCCCUGUUCAACAUGAAUGAUUACUCGUUGUCUCCUCAAAUGGUUUUUACAUUAUUGGCUCCUCCUGCUUUGGAACCGGCAUUUGCUAUGCAACUGGCAGCCUUCCGUCUGGUACAGCGGGUGUACAGUACACCCCAGUCACGACGAACUUUGGUUCAGCGGCUCGCCAGUGCUCGCCAGGAACCUCCUUCUGAUGGCCCUCUGGCACAGAUACUACAGCUUGAGGCGCUGCCGCCUUUCAGACCAAUAGUCGCGGACUUUUUGCGCAACAGGCUGAAGAGCGACAAACGGGGAGUCAACAGGAAGGCAACUUUGGCCUAUUUGCAGGAUUGGACAGCAGAGGCGGGCGCACUGCAGAUUCAACAGGACAGUGGACAACAUGAGCUUGUGCCUCCCUCCGAGGAUCCCCGAGCCAAGUUGAAGGUGUUUCGCUUGUUAUCAACUGCGGGUCUGAUGACGCCUGGGAGGGACCAAGUUCGAGCAGCGCAGCGCUCGUUGGUUGCGGUCUGGCAGGCCCACAUAGCGGCCUUUGGUGAUGGCAGUCCUGUGUUCAUGACGCUCACGAAGCAGCCAGCCGAUCGGAGAGGAGUGUCAGCAAAGUACGUUGUAGACCGCUGCCUAAUGCUCCAGAUUCACCAGAGUGGGUGUUGGGGCCCGGAAGCUUUUGCGGAAGGGGGCCGCCUGUCUGCUGCCGAGGUUUAUCGCUCCGGACUGUUGAAAGGGUGGGCAGUCGGGAUAGGUUUUCGGUGCAACGGUGAUGAUUGGGAGAUGAUUGAUGGGCGGGUGCUGGAUGGCGGGCGCGGAAAUGCUGGGGAUCCGUUGCAUCGGGUCCGCUUUCGUCACGGCGGCUGGGUUUGGGAGUAUACGGAUUAUUGGGAUGACUACACCGACCAUCUCCCCAUCGAGCUUCGAUUUCAUUUUUGGCCGCGCUGGGAAAGGCAGGGCGUUAACGGGGGGGGCGGUCAGGACGCAGGUUGCACCACAGCCAUACGUCAGUUUGCUAACUGCACCUGGAGAAGUGGCAAAGAGAAAAAGGUCCGAGUGGUGGGCGGUGUUGGGGACGGCGCCGGUGGGCAGACAACAGCCACAUCUGCGCGGAGGGCAGGGAAAUUGCGGAUGAUCGAGUCUGGGAAAAUGUACGCGGUUCGGAUCCAUGGGGGAGUGUCUUCGGAGUAUGAGGCUGAUAAGGGACUCCGAGAGGGGAUUGGAGGGAAAAAGUUCACCCUGGAAAGACUGAAGGAUUGCGGCUAUCAGCCAGGGGACGGGAUGCAGGUUCAGCGGCUACCCAAGCAGGCAGCAGCAGGUUUUUGGGAGGGUAUCACAGCUCGAUUGGUUCAGGCUGGGGGAACCAUCACUGGGCAUGUCCCAGGUGAGGCUUUCGCCGAGGCACGACCUACGGCCGUUCGGGCCUACACGGAACGUGAAGUGGGAAACUUGAAGAGGCGUGUGGAUAGGAUUGAAAAAAGCACUCAUCUGGUGGUGGACUUCAGCAGUAAGAUUGAGGAGCUGUAUUCGGGGGCGGAGGCGAGCAGAGAGUUUAGGAAGUUGGCCCAGGAUACGGCAAUGGCCAUACUUAGGGAACUGAAUGUGCUUACAGGUCUGCCCACACCGAUCCCCCAAAUCCCCCCUCAGACCUUCCAUGCCCAAUCUGAUGAGAACUCCAGGAUCGAUUUAGAAGCACUCAUCUCAUGGUAUGAGUUCGCCUUGCUUUCCUGUGUGCGUUUCGUACUCCCGAACAGGGCAAGGAAGACACGUGACCCUGUUACCCAGGAAUGGACACGUGGUAAGGGUCACUUUAUGGUCCGCCUUGAAUUUGGGGAAGGGUCGCUCUGUGUCCAGAAAUGUUUACAGGGAACGUUGGGGGCGUAUAUCUACCAGGCGGUUAAGAGGGUGAGGGAGCAAGGUGAGUCUGCCUUUAACUUGUACCUUGGACAAGAUACCUGA